CCAGGCGGAGACAGACGGAGGAUCAGACAGUCUGAAGACUUUCUGCAGAGCUGUUAUUUAUUCUCUCUAAAGCAGCAGGUAGAUCUUCUGAUAACCGAUCAAUCAUUAGACUGCAGGACCAACUGAAAGAGUCCGUUUAGGAAGAAUAAAACUGAUAAAACCUGCAGGUAAGAGCAGAGAGUCUGCAGGUGUCCUCCCUCAGAGUGAGAGCAGGAGGCGAUCCAGUGAUUGAUAGCUGAUAGAGGAGUGAUUGAUCGAUCGAUUGGAGGAUGUGGAUGUGGCGUAGCUUCCUGUGUGUGUCUCUGGUUUGUGGUCUGGCUCUGGACUCAAACACCAUCAGAUCCUCCAAAGAGACGACGGCGCAGAGCUCCGAGCAGCCGGAUCGUUCCCAUGGCGACCAGGUGGAGCGUCCUGUGCGGCGCCGGACGGACACGAAUUUCAACUCCCGUCGAGAAUCACCGCCUCCAUGUUCUACACCUGACUGCCAUGUACCCCAGAGGGGAAGCUGCAGUAACCGAGCUCAGAGGAGACCAUCCUCCCAGGACAGACAGGUGGACAGACAGGUGGACAGACACAGAGACACAGAGACAGACGGGCAGAGCAACACCGAUGGCUUCAACAGAACAAAAGCUCCAGAGAUGUCGAGCUGUGUGCGGUCAGGUGACUGUGCGGCCGGUCUGUGCUGCGUCCGGUAUCUGACCGGUAAACGGUGUCAGAGGAUCCCGGUGGAGGGCGAGGCCUGUCUGCUGCGAGGGUCCACCAAACUGAGGAGGAAGCUGGGACGCUGCGACUGCGACGCAGGGCUCACCUGCACCGCCGUCAGCCGGGCGGAGGCAGGGAAAGCCAAGGGUCAGGGGGUGUGUCAACCCCGCCAACGGCAGGGCCAGAGGACAACAAGGCAUUCUGGGAAGAAGAGGAGGACGGCGGAGAGAAGCUGCUGACACAUUCAUGAUAAACUCUGUAGUAUUUGUACACAUUUAAUUUAAAGCAGUUUGUAGAAAAUAAGGUUUGAACCUGAAAAUGGUCUCAUGGUCGAGGGUCAGGUGAUCACCUCUGGCCGCCAUGUUGGAGGUCCUCCCUGUAGAUAGCGUUAGCUUUGUUGUGAGACGAAGGUUUCCCGCCAAAUGGACUCUCGGAGGAGGAGAGCUCGCUGAUGGUCGGGUUCCUUCAGUAAAAGUUUAAAUAUAUUGUGUAAUUAAAGUGAAUUAAAAUAAAGAGACUCUGAUACUCUGA